AUGAGUUCGGAACAGAUGGAAAAUUCUGAAAGCUCUUCGCCGAAUAAAUUAGAAAAGGAAAUUAAUCAAAAGUCGCCAUUCACCACAUCUGAGAAGGCACCAUUCAACAUUGAAGCGGCUCCAUUCAAGCCGCCAUCUAAGCAAAAUGAUUUUCCAAUCGUUCGUGUUGGCCCUUCAAAGGUUGCUGUUAAUGGAAAGAUUUGGGAUGCUGUCGCUGCAAAUCGCUCAAUUCCAUCCUUGCCUCAAACGCUUUCUCCAUUAAACUGGCGUCCUAUCUUACAGCCGCCUUACUUCACCCAAAAUGCUUUUUAUGCUGGAUAUAACCAUCCACCGGCAUUUGAAGAUGAUUUGACCCGUAAUUUGGUAUUCACUCGUAAUUUCGGUCCAGUUGCACAUCCCGAUGGUUUUGUUGAAUUGCGUUUAAGAGAAAAUAUCAGCGUUAUGAUAUCUCUUGACCGUUCAAUUUUGAUUCAUAAUCCCAAAAGCAAAGUUAAAAUUGCCGUCAAUGGUAACAUGACAAACGCUUCAUUGGAACAUCCAAACGGAAAAGUCUUUCAACAAUUCGAUCGUGUUGACAUUAUGGCUUUCGAUGGAAGUAAACGUCCAAAGAGUCGCAUACGUUACGCAAAGAUGUGGGAGAAAGGCGUCUCUUUGACAGCUGAUGGAUGUGCUUUGAUCUACUUGGUGGAUACAGCUGGUACACGUACAACUUCUGAUCCGGUGAAUAAAGACACUCGUAAUGACUAUAGCUGGCAAGUGUUCAUUGAUAAUUGUCGCUUGGGUGAAGCUUAUUAUGAUGAGGCUGAUGUAGCAGCCAAAACAUAUCAUUUCUUCACGCAAGACGAUGGAACUCAAGUGUUUGACAUUCUCGGCUUUCGUGUUUCACAAACUCAUGACGGAAUGGUUCGGGUUUCUCGUGGCAAUAACCGAUUAAAGCUUCAUACAAGCCCUUCGAAUGGAUCAGCAACGCUGAGCACGCCUCAAAUUCACUGCACUGCUUCGUUGGGCCAAAGUUCGCAUUUGUUUGUUCGACGCGAUGAACGUCGCAUGCAUUUUGAUGGUUCGGCAUUUGUCGUACGCAACGCUGGUCACUCAUCAGGAUUUGAUGAAAAUAAUAAUUUACGCGUCUACUAAAUCACUCGCAAUUCAGAAUGAAUUAAAUAUUUAAUGAAGAUGAGAAGAAAGUUUGUUGUAGUAACGAUAGAAAUGAAGCAUGAAGUGCAAGAAGAAAUUUAAAUGUUUCCCAAUGAAAUCUCAUAAGAAGAAGAAAAUUUAAUUCAAGUUUAAUCGCAAAGCCUGCUAAUUUAUGAAAAUUAUCCUUUUCUUUCCCUCAAACAAGCAUGAAUAUGAUAAGAAGACGGAAAAAUGAUUUAAUUCCUUCUUUUGUUGUUAAAAUUAAAAAUACCUAUUUAAAUUCAAUUUCCCUCCGCAUGUAUUUGUAAUAGAAUAAAAGAAAAUUUGUUUUUGCAUUUA